CGGUGAAGGUGCAACAGUAAUCGGUCGUCCCGAGUCCGGGUUCAUCCGACACCCUCACCAACCGAGCUCAGCCUCUACAGCAGCAACAUGCCUCCCAAAUUCGACCCCAGCGAGGUUAAAGUCGGUAUGUUUCCACUGUAGAAGUUAAUAAAGCAGAAGUUUGUUCACAGCCGAGAUGGAGCGGUUCUGUGGCGGCCUGCUAACGGCGCUCAGCAAACGUGUACAUGAGGUGCACAGGAGGAGAAGUCGGCGCCACCUCCGCCCUCGCCCCCAAAAUCGGACCUCUGGGUCUGUCUCCCAAGAAAGUUGGUGACGACAUUGCCAAGGCCACCGGCGACUGGAAGGGUCUGAGGAUCACCGUGAAGCUGACCAUCCAGAACAGACAGGCAGUGGUCGAGGUCGUUCCCUCUGCGUCUGCUCUGAUCAUCAAGGCUCUGAAGGAGCCUCCUCGUGACAGGAAGAAGGUCAAGAACAUCAAGCACAGCGGAAGCGUGACCUUCGAUGAGAUUGUGGGCGUUGCUCGCGUCAUGAGGCAUCGCUCCAUCGCCAGAGAGCUCUCCGGAACCAUCAAAGAGAUCCUGGGAACCGCUCAGUCCGUUGGGUGCACCAUCGAUGGACGCCCUCCCCAUGAUGUCAUCGAUGACAUCAACAGCGGCAAAAUUGAGUGUCCGUCUGAGUAAACUGAGGAAAUCAAUAAAAGUUCAUAGAAACUAAA